GAAAGAUUUGAGUCACAGCUCCUACGAGAGCCUGCUUGGGAAAUGUCCCCCACAAACAAGCAGCAAUGAUCUGGAGCAAAGCCACGGCAGGCAUGAAUCUGUCUGAUGAGUCCUCCUACCAAGAGGAGGGGCUGCUGGGUAACUCCACCUGGGCCUACUCCUACUAUCACCAGAACUACACCCUGCCCCCCCCACUGCUACAAGGCAAGACCAGCACCUCCAAACCUGCAGCGUGUGAGCAGGUCCACAUCGCAGUCGAGGUCUUCCUGAUCCUGGGUAUCAUCUCCCUGCUGGAGAACAUCCUGGUCAUCACAGCCAUAGUAAAGAACAAGAACCUCCACUCACCCAUGUACUUCUUCGUCUGCAGUCUGGCAGUAGCGGACAUGCUGGUGAGUGUCUCCAACGCCUGGGAGACCAUCAUCAUUUACCUCCUAAACAACAGACAGCUGGUAGUGGAGGAUCACUUCAUCCGGCAGAUGGACAAUGUGUUUGACUCCUUGAUCUGCAUCUCUGUGGUGGCCUCAAUGUGCAGCCUGCUGGCCAUCGCUGUGGACAGGUAUGUCACUAUCUUCUAUGCGCUGAGAUACCACAACAUCAUGACAGUGAGGAGAGCCGGCUGCAUCAUCGGGGGAAUCUGGACCUUCUGCACGGGCUGCGGGAUCGUCUUCAUCAUCUACUCAGACACAACCCCGGUCAUCAUCUGCCUGGUCUCCAUGUUCUUUGCUAUGCUGCUCAUCAUGGCCUCCCUCUACAGCCACAUGUUCAUGUUGGCGCGUUCUCAUGUCAAACGCAUCGCCGCGCUCCCCGGCUACAACUCCAUCCACCAGCGGGCCAGCAUGAAGGGGGCCAUCACGCUCACCAUCCUGCUGGGGAUCUUCAUCGUCUGCUGGGCUCCCUUCUUCCUCCACCUGAUCCUGAUGAUCUCAUGUCCGCGGAACCUCUACUGUGUGUGCUUCAUGUCCCACUUCAACAUGUACCUCAUCCUCAUCAUGUGCAACUCUGUGAUUGACCCACUGAUCUAUGCCUUCAGGAGUCAGGAGAUGAGGAAGACUUUUAAAGAGAUUAUCUGUUGUUACAGCCUGAAGAACGCCUUCACCAACAUCUGCGCUCUAACAGAAACAGCAGCAAAAACACUGAAUGUAAUGUUACACUAGAGGGGAAGCCCACUUAGUAAUUGCAUGAUCAGUCCUAUGUUAUUGUAAAGUGAGCCCAUAUAACAGUUACAUGUGUCAUGUAAGUUAUGGUAAAUUCAUGGCAUGCAAAAAUAUAAAUGUGAACUGCAAGAGAAAUGACUGAUGUCAGUGUUGGCAAUGUUGCACAAAAGUAUGUAUUUUAUUAAUUUGAGUGUGAAUAAAAGC